AUGGCACAACAAAGGAUUUUUACGUGUUUUAUUUUAUUUUUGUUUAUUUUCUUCAGUCUUGCAUCGUCGUACAGUCAAGUGCCUACCACUGUACAGAGGAGUUUGGAUGCCGCCUCACCUCAAACCAGCAAUGUCAGAAAUGAUGGAGAGGGCAGUGGAGGCACCAGAGCCUCGAAAGGGGAAAGCACAUCGCUUGCUGCUGAAAACCCACCGAAAAAUGUCCUGCAGCCAUAUGGAUGGUGGUUGUACUCGCCUCUGCACACCAAACGGAAGCUGCUCCAGGCCCCUGGAUCCAUCCUGCCCUAUUCCCCCCUGAAGGUGAUAUACAACGGCAAGAUGUGUAUCCUCUUCAGAGCUCGCAAGCUGGCCAUCAGGUACAAGAAUUACACUCUGGUGGACCUCACAGAGAGGGCUUUUGGCCCAGAGGCACAGGUGGACACCAAAGGCUCAUCCUGCAGCAAAGACAAAGCCACUCUCAUCAUGCGCUUUGGGGAUGUAGAGGACCUAAGAGGGUUAGCUAUCAGACUGCAGAUGUCCAACACAUUUUAUGAGUCAGCUGGGCAGAACUGGUUCACUCUAGAUAGCGUCCACAUCCACUACAACUGGACACAUGAGGCCACUUUCAAUGCCACUGAUGUCUAUGCCCCUUCAACCAACUCAUACCACUGCCAACAUGUCAGUAGCCUCCAGAAAUAUGACACCCUCCUGGUGCCAAGCUCCAAUACUGAUAAUGCUGCAAACUGGCACAUCACAUUCACUGACUUUCAGAUUCAAGCUUUCAAUGUCCUCUCCAACAAGUUUGCCUCUCCCAGUGACUGUGCGACAUUUUUCACUCCAGCCAUCCUGAUGGGUCUGAUAACCUCUCUGAUCCUGCUGCUAGUUCUGGCGUACGCACUGCACAUGGUGGUGCACCUCAAGCACAUCGACCGCUAUGAAGAGCACAAGACCACUGUCUACUUCCCCCGUAGUACAGAAGCUGAAUGCACAGAGAAAAGCAACUUGUGAGCACAGGUUCCUCAUGUCCCCUCAACCUAGCCCAACUCCCUGAGCCCCUCUGAGAGACAGGCAGCUCUGUGAUGUCUGAGGGAUGCACCCUCCGUGGAAGCCACUGACAUGACUACAGAUCAAGCGUUCUCUCCUGCACUGAAACAGGGGGCACAGAGUUAUGGACUAUUCAUUUACGGUGCCGAGCUGUUGAAUUCCUUUGACUGGGCAGAUUCUGUUCUGACUAUUUCACAAGUUCCAGUGGAUAUGGACAGUGUUGGAAGGCAUAUGCCUCUUUCAUUUGUUGAAAAAAAACAUCUUAAUUGAUGAAGAGGAAAGAAGGAAUGAUCUAUGACCAGCUAAUAUUGCAUAUAAGCUUUUGGAUGAAAUUCAAAAUGAAAUUAGCACAACAUGUAUUUAUCCUGCACUUCCAACAUCAGUAUUAGCACAACAUUUAUGAUAUGGUUAGGCUACAACCAAUUUAUUUUAAAAAGCCAUUCAUGUUUUAUAGGGGUAAAAGAAACAGGUAUGUUACUCUGUUCAAAUUGUUGUUUGUUCUGUCUAUAAGAAUGACAAUGUAUUCUUGAUGUCCAUUACUUUUUUAAUUCUGAGUUAAUAAAAAGGGUUACACUUUACUUGCAGGUAUCUACAUAAGAGUGACAUAACACUGUCAUGAACGUGUCAUAAACAUAAAAGUUUAUGACAGAACGUUUCUAUCAUUAAGUGUUAUUUGGUUUUUGUCAAGUUAGGGUUAGGGUUCCUGAGUCAUGACAGUUUCAUGUGAUCGUGACUGUGUCAUGUCACUCUUAUCUAGAUGCGUGUUACCAUAAAAAGACUAUAGUUGUGAACAUAGUAGAUUCCUACUUUACAAUCAGCUGUUUUGACUGUAAAAAAUGGCCUAAAAUGAGGUUGAGCAAUGACUUUGUUUCCAUGCACACCAUAUUCCGGUUUUAUUCAGAAUAAUCACAAUAUUCCGAUUAUGCAUGAGUCAUGUAAACACCUUAUUCCAGCUGCCAUAACCAGAUUAAGCUCAUAUUCUGAAUACUGAAAAACGGAAUAACAGCCGUAUGCCUCUUUUAGUCAGAAUAUUGUGGCAUGUAAACACAUUAGUCGGAGAAUGCCCCUUACUAAAUACUACAUUCCACCUGUGCAUGUUCAUGCAAGGAAUUUUGGUUUGAUGCCCUGACAUUUGGCCAACCAUGAAAAGUGUGGCAAAAAGUUUGUACUUUGAGAGUGAAUAUAAGGUCGAUUUAUUUAUUAAAACCUUAAAGUUUUUCAGAUGGAAUUUAUAAAUGGAUGAAAGUAGGCUAUUGCUCAACAACGCAGGUUUUCUGUUCACUGCAGAUGAAGAAUUGGUGAAAACAACUGAAAGAGCCCUAUUAUGAGGCUAAAAUGAUAGAAAAAAAAAACAACGGUGGCUCUAAUCUGGCCAUGAAUGAAAUUCGGGGGCAGGGACCAUGUAGACAUCAUGAUGCAGAUACUUGCACCGCUGCUUUAUUUCAGCAUAAUGCUGAUAACGGGAAUAUUCCAUUUCUGCUUGACAUGGAAACAUCUUAUUCUGAAUAUUGCCACCAGAAUGGUCCUUAAUCGGAAUUAGGGUUGCAUGAAAACAUAGUCAAUGUUUCUUCAAUGGUUUGCAGCUUAUACUGUACAUGCCAUUGCAUUGAGUAAUUAUGUUACUGGUUCUUCAUUGGGAAGAUGUGCUUUUGAAUAUGUCUUUGAAUUUGUGAAAAUUGUAUCUUGAUUCUGGUUUUGUAAGUUGCUUUUAUGUUUUUUUGUGUUAACAAAGAUGUGUAUUCUUUUAAGAUGAGCCAUGGACAGUUUUGUUAAACUCCAAAUUAAGUCCUUUCCAUUAAAUCUGCAAGUCAUUGAAUUCACCAAGCUAAUGCAAACAACAUCAACAGCUUACUGUUGUGUAGUGUCAUGCAGCAUGCCUGUGGCUAGAAAAGACAUCAUAGCACAAUAACCAGAUGAUUAGCAUUGUGCAAUGUAUAUUGGCAAUAAUCAUACAAAAUGAAAGGGGUAAACAAAUGUUCUUGGGCAAAUGUAAUUAUUUCCUUUCUCUCUUGCUUUCUUUCUUAUUUGACGAUGGUGGAAUAAAAUCUUU